AAGUAGGUCCCUGUAGAAGGGGGUGGGAGAGCUGCUGAAACUAUCUCAGGGCACAUAAAGUUAGCGUUGGUGGUUAGAAGAGCUCUUCAGCUUACUACUCCUUGAUUCAAGUUUCAUUUUCAACAUCAUCGGAUGGUUUUGUGUUAAACUUCUGGAUCCACUGGAGGGAAGAUUUUAUGUGAUAUGGAAGACUUACUGAGAAUCCGCAAAAAAAGGCUGCAAAUCCCUAUCUCAAGGCUGAGAAACAUUCUAAAACAGUUGGAGGAGAAAGAAGUCGAAGUUGAAGAAAUUAAGAAGAACCUGGAUGUAACUGCAUUAUUGCUGGAAGGCAUAUAUCUCGAUGGAACAAGGCAGUACCUGGACUCUGAGGAUGAUCUGCAGCAGUUGCAGUCAGAUGGGGUGCCGUCAGAAGUCACUGACUGGCUGGCGUCCACCUUCACUCAGAGGAUUCGCCAACCCCCACGGCGCGUAGACGAAAAGCCCAAGUUUCGCAGCAUUGUGCAUGCAGUGCAAGCCGGGAUAUUUGUGGAGAGGAUGUUCAAGAGGGCCUACACAGCAGCCAUGCCAGACCAACCUGCGGCGGUUGUAAACUGCCUCAGGGAUGUUGACCGUUGGGGCUUUGAUGUGUUUGCUCUGAACUCAACCAGCUCGGAUCAUGCGCUGCAGGCUCUGUUCUUUGAGUUGAUCACCAGAUAUGAACUCAACACACGCUUUAAGAUUCCUAUCUCAUGCCUGACAAAGUUCCUGUCUACACUGGAGCGAGGAUAUUGUAAACACAACAACCCUUACCACAACCACAUACAUGCUGCCGAUGUGACUCAAACACUGCACUGCCUGCUGCUCCGCUCCGGACUUGUGCACUGGUUGACGGAGCUGGAGGUCCUGGGAUCACUUUUUGCUGCAGCCAUUCAUGACUUUGAACACACAGGAACCACAAACAACUUUCACAUCCACACAAAGUCAGACUUGGCACUGAUUUACAAUGACCGAUCCGUACAAGAAAGUCAUCACUUAAGUGCAGCUUUUCGUCUCCUGCAAGAUGAACAAGUGAACAUAUUUGUUCACUUGACACGGGAGGAAUGGAUGGAACUGAGAUCGCUUGUUAUAGACAUGGUGUUGGCGACAGACAUGACCUUUCACCUAGUCCAAGUCAAAGCAAUGAAGUCCUGUCUACAGCAACAGGAACGGAUAGAUAAGCCCAAAGCGCUGUCUCUGUUACUACACACAGCUGACAUAAGCCACCCAUCCAAGCCUUGGGCACUGCACUCUCGCUGGACCAAAGCCUUGAUGGAGGAGUUUUUCAGGCAGGGUGAUAGAGAGGCGGCGCUCGACCUUCCCUUCUCUCCACUGUGUGAUCGAAAAACCACCUUGAUAGCAGAGUCUCAGAUCGGUUUCAUCGAUUUCAUCGUGUACCCCACAUUUUCUCUGCUGACGGAUAUGGCUGAAAAGAUUGUUAUUCCUUUGGUGGAGGAGAACCCCGGACCUCCAGACCCCUGUAACAGACACAGUAAUCUUUGGAAGGAGAGCUCCAGAGGUCUGCAAUGGAGUCAUGCACACAUCACAGCUGAGUUAGUGAGCUUUCGCUCUACUUGGACUCGACACACUGAAGACAACAAGAUCCAAUGGAAAGACAGUACCUCUAAUGGAUUUUCAGAGCCCAGCGUUACAAAAGAACAGACAUCGAGGCAAGAGGAGCUGUCAGAAAAAUCCCUGCAGGUGCUGACUGCAGACACACAGCAGUGAACAGGACUUCUUUUGUAUUGCGCUCUUGUUUUGUGCAGCUACAGAUGUUUUCAAGUCUGCAGUGACUCGACUGUUUUUUAAACGAAACAGGAAAGCACCAGUUAUCUAGUGAAGGAAAAAGGAGUGUGAGAUAUUUUUUUAAACAAGACCAUCUUCCCAAGGUAAGGUGUGAUCUCAGAAAUGGCCUCAUGUCUUAAGAGCAGCAUAUUGCAAUAAUUUAAAGCAAAAUGGACAUGCUGGUCAUUCUAUAGACAGUCAACAGAACAAUAAACACUGAAGUUUUCAGGACUCCACAAAUGAUUUUAACUUGGAAUAAAAUGUAAUUUUAUUUUA